AUGCGGGUCACACACAGCCUCGCUUCCCGGGGCUUCCUGGGCCGCAGCUUUGACGAGCUUGCGCGCCUCUCUAGCAUCGCCUUCAAGCUCGAAGCCGUCAAGGGGCCUGCUGGUCCUCGCCCCCUCUACAGCUUCCACGACAAAGAGUCUGUACAAAACUGCAUCCCCAUGUCCGACGACCUGAUCGGCGGCUCCUCGAUCACCAAGUUCGACUUCAUCACCGCCCACGACUCACAACCCUCUUCCUCCACCCUCGACAAGAUACCCCCUCCCUCCUCCUACGCCCGCUUCCACGGCCACAUCUCCACCGCCCUCCCCGACGACAAGCCCGUCAUCAAGCGGUCCGGCUACGCCGCCUUCCGAACCCCCGACCAGCCCCCCACCCUCCUGGGCCGCUCCGUCUGGGACAUCGACCCCUACAGCUUCCUGGCCAUGCGCAUCAAGUCCGACGGCCGCUCCUACUUCAUAAACGUCCAGACCGAGGGCGUCGAGCCCACCGACCUGCACCAGCACCGCCUGUUCGCCAAGUCCCCGGGACGGUGGGAGACCGUCUACGUCAACUGGAACGACUUUGUGCGCACCAGCUACGGCUUCGUCGUCGAGCCGCAGACGGAACUGCUGAGACAAAAGGUCAGGUCCAUCGGCAUCGGUCUCACCGAUCGCGUCGAGGGGCCCUUUGAUCUGUGCAUCGAGAGGAUAUGGGCCACCAACGAUGUCGAGGGCCAGGCAGCGGCCAAGAAUAAAGAGUCUGAGGGUGAGCCUGCGGAACAGUCAGCGGCCGGAAACCUGAAGAACCGGAAAGGCGAGAGAAUAAAGUGGUAG